AUGCGUCGGCGCAACGUGACACCUUUGUCGGUGGCAGAGGGUAAUGGCUUCGACGCCGUGCACAACAGAGGCACCUUUGACGUCCGCUUUGGCGCAGACAUCUUUCAGCGAGCAGCACUACCGGCAGCCAGCUCUCGUGACACUUACGAGAAACUGCCGCCUCAUUUCAAGCCAAAGCAAAUCACCACGCGCAAGCGGAAUUUAGCGGGUGAUAGCGUUGUCCAGGGUCCUCGCGGUCCCUGCCCGGGUCAACGUCACGGACAGGGUCAAUGCCGGCCAUCAGACGUUGCUAUGACCAGCGAGCGGAAGGGACAUGGCAUGACGACCUCCCCUUCGGCUCUCCAUCGAGCAGCCAGACAAGCCUCACCCAAAUUUCGACGUCGACCGGCCAUUGAUUCUGAGACGUUUCAGCCUCUCGAUUCCCUUCGAGAAGCAUCUGCUCUGGCCGUCAACAAGCACAAUUAUGAGAACACGGGACCACCCUCCACUCGUGCAUCUCAAGAGCGUUUCGCCGAAGUGUACGAUCUCCUCAAGGAUACGGUUGCCGAAGGCUCUCUCUGGGAGCAAGUCAAGAGACACUCGGCGGGCCAGUUUGAAUGGCUGAUGACCCAUCUGCCUUCCAACAACUCUUCCAUUCACGACAGCUCCUCGGAAGAAUACGCUGCUGAACACGGAGAAGGCGACAAAGCCUACGUCUGCAACCUAGUCCUGCAGAAGAAAAGGGGACCGCAUAGCGACAGCGAGUGCCCGCUCAAUUCAUAUUACUUACUGGCCACGCCGCUGCAGUACAGCGCCAACUGGACCGUGGAGAUGCAGGAACCCCGAAUUGCCGGCGAGGACGAUUCCGUCACCUGGAUGGACAACAGCCAUCCAGGAACGCCCCCCAUGAAGGUGCCCGAGAUUGUUCUUGCCGUUGAAAGUGCAGUGUCUCCGACGUUCACCGCAGUGAGCGACAGAAGCUUUGGAGAAAGCUCGUCACGGGCCACGUCCUUUUCGCUCCCGCGGAUAGAAGACUCGCUGGAGGAGCUGGAUCGGCUCGAGGACCAGUUAGAGGCGCUUAACGAGUACACGAGCCCCCGGCAGCUGGCCCUGGUGACAAGGCCUCAACAUCCUAAGGCUGUUGCAUCUCAGCAAACUCCAGAAGAAGCAAUGAGGGCGAUGAAGAGAUCGAUGGCAGCGUGUACGCCAGCCACGGUCCGCGUCAAGCCUACCGAGAAGGUCAGCGCGACGCCGCGUCGAUCUUUUUCUCUAACGGCACGGGAGAGGAGCCCAGAGCAGCCCGUCAAGGGAUCCUCGAGCCACCGGUCGGGCCUCGGUGUGUUCAUGUCCAAGGCCGGAAACACCCUGGCGACGGUGGCCAAGUCUUCCAUCCGGUCCUCGAAAGCGCCUACAAUCCCCAGUUUUGAGCUACCAGCUCGCGACACCCGCGAGGCGCAUCAUGCGGCGGCUGCCAAGGCACUGGAAGCCCCCCCAAAGCCGAGAAGCAACAUGCCUCAAUCCAAGUCCACCUUUGAGCUGCCCGGAGAUACCAUUUCCCGCCGCAAAAGGGAGGAAAUGGAGGCCAAGCUGCGGGCUGAGGAAGAGGAGCAGCGCAAGAGGCGCGAGUUCAAGGCGCGCCCUGCGAAGCCAGCCUCUACGCCUAGCACACUUCCACGAGACACAGUGGCAAGCCGGGCUCGUCAAGCCAAGAUUCAGGAGGAAGCGGCACAGCGACAGGCUGCCUCGGCGCAAAAGGUGAAGCGGCUUUCGCUAGGCCUUGUGCGCGAUGAGCCCACGACGCCCACCGUAAGCAAGGCGGAGAAGUCGCGCUUCCGUGGCUCCAUGAUGGCAGCUGCUGAAUCUAUCAACCGAUCGAUACUGUCGUCGAUGGUCGGCGCUGCUAGGAGUAAGAAUCCUCUGUCGAUAGAAAGCAUGGCGACACGGCUGCGGCCCCGGCCUAAGGAAAUCCAGGACUCUGCAACCCUCAAGGAGAAGAAGAGCCACGAGAAGCUUGACAGGCCGAUGACGGCCAAAGCUGCUCGAGACGAGGCUGCCGAGCGCUCUAGAAUGGCGAGUCGAGAGUGGGCAGAGAGGAAGCGCCGGAAGGAGGCGGCGUCUAUGAAGCAGAUAACGGGCCAGUGA